AUGGAGCUAUCAAACAAACUCCGUUGGGACCAAUUCCUGAUUUUGGCAGCAACAUUUCUGUCACCUGCGUUAACGUGAGUGCACAUGAGAGCUCCUGGAGACUUAAUGUCAAUGCGGAUUUGGGAUUCAAGGAAUGCGACAAGAGUUGAGGGAAGUUAGUAUGUGUGACUGUAUGAUUUAAAUAUCAUAUUUAGGUUAAAAGUGAAACCUCUGCCUCUGUUUAGGCAGACUGGUUUAGGGAUGGUAUUGAAACAAUUGAAUCCAUGUUUACUAAUUUAGUAGUCUUUUAGAAGUCUGAUCAAUGCCAUUAAGAAUUCAUAAAUUCCUCUGUUGCUAUUUCUCAAAAAGAUGUAUUAGUGAUGUACUCUGCCUCUGGGAACUUUCAGCUAGAUGAUCUGUUUGGAAUUAUAUUUUCCCUGCUGUAAGCAAAAACAGUUGAAACAAUGGAGCAAAUAGUUGUGCAAUUGAUUAUCGCAUUUAUUGCUCAGUGUAUCCAGCAAAUCUCUUCGACAUUAAAUUCAUCCAGAGAGACAUCCUUCUCAAAGCUUUCUUUUCCUGAAGUGUCCAUAAUAUCAUGCUGUUGCUAUGUACCUUUGUGAAUUUGACUAAUGAGGUCUUAACCAGCUAUGAUGACCCCCCAUCAUUAUUAACUCUUUGCCCCCUCUCACUCCCUGCAGGGUGCUGUGUAAUGAUAUCCUUAGCCUGAAGGUGGCAGGAGAUCCAGUGCUAACCCCAAACUCUGUCUGCCUGAGGCUGGCAGGCCUCAGUAAGCGUCAGAUGCGGAUGUGUGUGCGUAGCCCAGACGUGACGGCCUCCGCUCUUCAGGGCAUCCAGGUGGCCAUCCACGAAUGCCAACACCAGCUACGGGACCAUCGCUGGAACUGCUCCUCCCUGGAGGGCCUUGGCAAACUUCCCCACCACAACACCAUCCUUAACAGAGGUCAGAGCCUGGGAAAGUGACUGAUAGUCAAAUCAGAUCAAUCUUAGCAGAGAUUCAGGAUUGUUUUGGAGUUUAAAGUGUCACUGUUGGUCUUUUUCAUUCCCUUGAGUGUGUGUCCCUUCUUCCAGGUUUUCGUGAGAGCGCCUUCUCCUUGGCUUUGUUGGCAGCGGGUGUGGCUCACUCUGUGGCCUCGGCCUGCAGCAUGGGCAAACUGCGGGGGUGUGGCUGUGAGGCCAAGCGUCGCCAGGACGAUGACAAGAUCCGGCUGAAACUCACACAGUUGCAGCUGCAGACCCUACAGAAGGGUGGGGUAGGCCUCGGCAUGGCACGGUCAUUACCCCCAGAGCUAAACAGUAACCAUGGCAACCUGCCUGCUAACCUGCACUCCAACCACCCAUCCGGCCUGCUCAAGCCUUUGCCAGAUGAGCUGAUUUCCAUGCAGGAGACCUGGGAAUGGGGGGGCUGCAGUCAUGAUGUUCGUUUUGGGGAUCGUUUUUCCAGGGACUGGCUGGACUCCCGAGGGUCACCGAGGGACAUCCAUGCUCGCAUGAGGAUACACAAUAAUCGUGUAGGGCGGCAGGUGAGAGAUCAGUUGUUGAGUGUUUUCCAUGUUCUCCAUCGUGUGGUGUCAUUGGCUUCAUUGUUGUCUCCCUGGUUUUCUUACAUCAAUUAUCUUCCUCUUCACAGAUAGUGACUGACAACAUGAAGAAGAAGUGCAAAUGUCAUGGCACAUCAGGGAGCUGCCAGUUUAAGACCUGCUGGCAUGUAUCUCCAGAGUUCCGGCUUGUGGGUUCUAUACUCAAGGAAAAGUUUCUGUCGGCCAUCUUUGUCAACUCCCAGAAUAAGAACAAUGGGGUUUUUAAUCCUCGGACAGGAAACAGCGCUAGUGGGAGCACAGGGGGAACCAACGGAGGACGACGCAGAAGCAUGUCAAGAGAGCUGGUGUACUUUGAAAAGUCUCCAGAUUUCUGUGAACGUGACCCAUCUGUGGACUCUCCGGGCACACAAGGACGCAUCUGCAACAAAACCAGCUACAGCACAGACAGCUGCAGCUCGCUGUGCUGCGGACGUGGACACAACAUCCUGAAACAGACACGCAGUGAGCGCUGCAAUUGCAGGUUUCACUGGUGUUGUUACGUGUUGUGUGAGGAGUGUCGCCUCACAGAGUGGGUUAAUGUGUGCAAGUAG